UAUAAUCUGUAUAAAUAUUUCUGUUACAGUUCUUGCAUUGUCGAGUUUCGUGCAUUAUUUUUAAGUAAAUAUUACAAACAAAACACUCAUAAACGAUAAUUACUAAGACGUAUAAUUACGAUGUAUUUAUCAUUAGACAUAGUAAACAUUUUUGAUGUAUCACAUACUGAAGACAAAUAUAAUCAGUUUUUCAAUCCAAACGUUUGUCAUGUUUGCAAACGGCCCAGCAGUAACUUAAUAUCAUGUAAUCAGUGCUAUAUGAUUUCUUACUGCUCUGAGGAGCACCAGGAGAUCCAUAAACAUUCACACUUGGAGAUAUGCACAGCUAUAGCAACUUUAAUAACAGACGAAUCGUUUUGGAUUGCAUGUAGUAACUCGGAAGAAUGGAUAAAAUCACGGAAAACAAUUUUACUAAAACAAGUAAAUAUCAAGCCCUGCAACAUUUGCUAUUCAGCAAAUUUUUGUGAUGAUCAUCAAGAACUUUUUAACCUAAAACAUAAGGAUUAUUGCAAUGAGCUGUUGCUGUUUUUGGUGAUGAAAAUCGCUGAUAUUAACGGCAUAAUGGAACGUAUUAUGUGUCCAACAAUCAAAUUCAUCAAAUUUCCUGGUGCAAAACCUUAUGAUGACAUUGUUACGUUUAUUUAUAACUAUAUGCCCACAAGAAAUUCAUUUGAAAUUGCAGUAAAAUCAAAAUUUCCUAAUUCAACUUGCCACUGGAGACUCAAUCAUUUUAUAUAUUCUGAUUAUGUGUCUGGUCCGCUGACAUUAUACUACGCGUUGCAGGAAUCAAAUUUAUUAUCUCUUCCAAGCAUUUCAGAUAAAUAUAUCGUUCAUUUUAUAGAUGCAGGUAGAAUAGAUAUAAUGUAUUUGCGAAGUUGGCAUAUUUUCUUACAUUUCUUUAAAAACAUAAAGGAACUAUAUAUUGUAUUUAUAAAAUCGCCAAAAUUUGAAUCCGAAGAUCGAGUGCAUACGUGUUCUACGUGCUUUUAUAAAAAACAAAAGCUUUAUGUUAAAUAUGUGUCAGAACCGUACCACGAUUAUGUACGCUUAGAGUCAUUUGAGCAACCAAAUGUGAUUGUACUACUUGAAACAGAAAGUAUUUUGGUGGGAACAUGGUUUAAAUCUAUAACAACAAUAAUAGCGCAAGAGUGUCCGUUACUUUUAACCACCGAUUCGGAAUGUACAGCGCAAGAGAAUGUAGAUAAGAUACAAGAAGAAACAGGUGCAACCAGAAAUCGAUUAUACAGAAAAAACAAAUUCCGCGGUUAUGUACCAUAUAGAAAUUAUGAGACCGGUGGAUUUUAUUACCGAAAUGAGCAUUUUAUUAUGUAUUCAUGACUUUAAAUUACCUGACCGACUCAGUCAAAGGUUGAGAGUGAUAUGUUGUUUGAUAGUAAUUGUAUUUUAAUACAGUUGACGAUACUCAUUUUUUAAUGAAAUUUGAGAAUAAAUAAUAAAUUUCUGUUAAUAACAAAUUUCUGUAAAUAAUAAAUAAUUUUUUUUAAUAAUUACUGAGAUAUAUAUUCAGACAUAAAUUAAUAAUAUUUUGUUUCUUAUCUUUUCAGAAUAUUUAUAUAACAUUUUGUAUAUGAGGUAAUAGAAUAAUUGCCGCAUACACACACACACUGAUUUAAAAUUUUACAAUUUGUUACAUACUGUUCCGUAGUUAUAGGUAUUAUAUGCAGCUACGAUCAUUUUGUACUAAGUUAUGUGUAAUUAUGAAAUAUAAAUGUAUAGAAAUAAACUUUAAUUUACAAAAAUAAAUGUUAUA